CCGACCAUCGUCCGAUCAUCGUCCAAUCACCGUGUUGAGGCGAAACGGGAAAAAACUACCGCAUGUCAUACUCCACAGUCUGAUCUCUUCUGCCAAGAGGCACUACUAUCUUGAUCCUGAAGCGGGCUGUAACGAGGUCCCAAAUAAGCAAGAAACAAAGAAAGACAACGCUCUUCCACUGCAUUGCUAUGGCUACACUUGUCAUUGCCCACCGAAUUGGCAUCGAAAGUGGCCCCGACGGCCGUGGCCCCGGCCUACCGCUUCCUCCCUCCCUCAAGACUGUAUCGCUAUGGGGUGAAAAUUGCACGGGGAAUUUAGGAGCGUUACAUACCAUUCUAGCGGCUUCACAAGUGGAGGAAUUAUGUGCAGAGUUCCUGGGUGUGGUUCAUGGCAUUCCAGAGGAUGGUUCACUGUUAUCGCUCUCUCCGCCAAGUUCAACUUGUUGCGUGCAAGCUCAAGAAAUAACACCUGCAGCGGUUCCUGAGCCGCUGCCCCCUUCUUCAAAGUUUCUGUUAUACCGCGGACGCUUUUGAAGACGACAACGAUGAGUCAGGUGGUCCUCUAGGUCGAUUUCCACACCCUAUCCAAGCAAAGGAACUUGUAGAAAGCUCUCUAAUUUAACGGAUCGACCCUGAAAGAUCUCCACAUCCAACCAAUUUCCGAACGGACGGAAAUUUCCGCCAGCUCGUGCUCACUCCGCAAACCUACUAUCGCAUUGGCGCUGGUGGUGAGAAGAAAGAUCUUUACACCUUCGAUGUGUGGUGGGUGAUAGGAAGACAGAAGGGAAGAGAUUGAGCAUGGUUACCAAAUAGCCUCGGAGAGGGCCCAGAAUCCUCGCUGGGCCCGAACUCUCGAUGAGGGGCCGACUAAGCUUCCCACAUGGUACAAUACUCGCCUGCACGCCCCUUGCGGUGGGGGCGUCCAAAGAACCUCGAUCGGAACUCCUUUAGGAGUAGGCAGCUUCGGCGUUGUGGACAAGGCGGUCGACCUUGACUCCGGGAACUUUGUUGCCAUUAAAAAAAUCGCACUACCUCCAAGUGUCGGGCGUGCCGGCGAACCAUCAAAAAAGAAGCACCGAGCUAAAAACGCCUCGAGAGAGUCCCGCCACCUAGAAUACAGUAGACAUUAUCUCAAGUUUCUCCCUCAUCAUC